UUAGUAUAAAAGAGUCAAGAUUUUCUUGGUAAGACAUCACAAGCUGCGGUAACUGGGAAACAUGAAUCAACAAUCCUAUUCAGUCUUGCUCUGUGCCUUUUUGGUCGCCAGCUUAACUUAUGCAACAUCAGCCCUCGCACUACUCGGACCCGGAAAUUAUGGAGCAGAAUAUGGAUUCGAUGGUUUAAAUGACGGUUUAGGAUAUGAUGGCCUAGGAUAUGACGGUUUAGCAUAUGAUGGGGCUGCACCUUUAGCAGCAGCUUCCAUUGCCGCUGCUCCAUUAGCUGCAUCUCCUUUUUUCGAAGCUUCUUAUGGAUAUGAUGGUGCGGGAUAUGACGACCUAAAAUACGAGGGUGCUUUUUCGGGUCUCUUUGCCGCAGCUCCAGCAUCAGCUCCCUAUGCCGCAGCUCCUUAUGCCGCAGCUCCUUAUGCAGCAGCUCCUUAUGCCGCAGCUCCAAUUGCCGCAGCUCCAAUUGCCGCAGCUCCAAUUGCCGCAGCUCCAAUUGCCGCAGCUCCAAUUGCCGCUGCUCCUAUUGCCGCAGCGCCUAUUGCCGCAACUCCAUAUGCCGCAGCUCCAAUUGCCGCAACGCCUAUUGCCGCAGCCCCUAUUGCCGUAGCAGCCCCUAUUGCCAUUGCCCCAUCUCACUACAUUGCUGAAGAUAUCCAAGGUGAAAGUAGACUUUGGGGACAGAGCAAUACAGCUUUGAAACAAGCAUCAAAAAUAGCGGCUGCCAGAAGAGAACAUUGGUAAUAAAAUAUAAUUUACAUGACAAAUAUACAUAAUAAAGUGGAUUAAUUUAUAAUAA